AACCCUCCUCGUUAAAAAUGUAAAUGCGAAAAAAUUCAAUACUGUGCAGCCAAACGCGACGGUCGCAGCGUUCUCCACUCACAAUCGCUCCUCCCGCUUAAUUCCCCCAGCACGUAAUGCUCCAGUUCCGGGAUAUCGCCCAAAUAUCACUGAAAGAUUGAGAACGGUUUUCGAAUCGCCCCCUAAAGUCCUCGGUGAAAUUGCCAACAAGGGCAACUUGCAAACCGGCAAAAAAAAAAAAAUAUAUAUAUAUAUAAAAAGUGCCCCGCGUGUGAGUGCAGUGAGUGAAAAGUGGCAAGGUGGCAAAGUGGCAAAGUGUUCGAGCGCUAAGCUAUAGAAUACGAUCUUGACCAGAUCCGGCGAAACAUAUGUCAAGUGCAGGGCGACGCGACUGCUAGCAGAGGUUGCGACUGCGACUUCCGCAUUCGCAUCCGCAUCCGCUGCUGUUUCUGUUGUUGUUGGUGGCAGCAGCAGAUACAACAAUGAAAAGCAGAACCAAUUCGCAGACAUAACACAUUGCGGUGGAGGUUGAGAAGAACGGCAUGGUGAAAAUGGAAUCGACGGAAGAACAGGAUCGAAAGCUAGUUUUGGAGUUCUGCCACCUGCUAGAGAAGUCCAAGCAGCUCUUCAACGGGCUCAGGGAUCUGCCGCAGUAUGGCCAUCGGCAGUGGCAAGCCUACUUCGGCCGCACCUUCGAUGUCUACACCAAGUUGUGGAAGUUCCAGCAGCAACAUCGCAUGGUACUGGACUCCAAGUAUGGCCUGAAGCGCUGGCAGAUCGGCGAAAUAGCAAGCAAGAUUGGCCAGCUUUAUUAUCACUAUUACUUAAGAACCAGCGAAACCAACUACCUGAACGAGGCGUAUCAGUUCUAUGCGGCAAUUAGGGGUCGAGCGUACUACUCGCGGGCGGCCAAGGAGGAUCGACCGGAUCUGAUGGUGAAAAAGCUGCGAUACUAUGCCCGGUUCAUUGUGGUGUGUCUGCUGCUCAAGAAGAUGAAGCUGGUGCGGGAGCUGGUCACCGAGCUGGAAAAACAAAUACAGGAGUACACCAACACCUACGAGCCGGAGGAUCAUCUGGAGUGGUCGCUGGUGCUGGAGGAGAUCAAGGGCUUCAUCAAGGCGGAGGCAGCGGUGGCCGUCCUGCACGCCGACUCCAAUCCCAUCAUCCUGUCGCACAGUGGUUCCGGUUCUAGGUUGUCGCCGCUGACGACGCCGCCAUGCGAGCGUUCGCCGCACAUGACGCUCAGCCUGCAGGAGAUCCUGAUCGUGGGCUCCGCCUGCGAGCAGGCCAAGUUCUCGGAACUGACCAUGGACAUGUUCCGCAUGCUGCAGACGCUGGAGCGUGAGCCCACGGAGUCCACCACGAAUCCGCUGAGCAUGGCCCACGGACUACACGGGCACGAUGCGAGUCCGGCGGCCAGCCGAAUACCGCCGUACGGAGUGCCGGGCUCCAAGGGCUACAUGGAGAACGGGCGGGCCUUUCGUGACAAUCCCCACAAGUAUCUGCUGUACAAACCGUCGAUCAGCCAGCUGCUGGUGUUCCUCGCCAGCGGCUCCAAGGAACUGCCGCUGGGCGGUGCCCUGCUCCUCUACAUGUCCGCCGAUGGCUGCUUCUCCACCACCAAACAUCCCGAGGAUUUUGGCUACGAGCUGGGCGGCCUGGCCACCAGCGUGAAGCGGGACAGUGUGGAUGGUGGCGGGCUGUCGUGCCGCGGAAAAUCGUACAAGGAGAACCACUGCCUAUAUCCGGGUGAUCUAUAUCCGUUCACACGCCGGCCCAUGUUCGUUGUGAUCGACUCGGACAACUCGUUUGUCUUUCAGCACAUACCGCGCUACUUUGGCCAGCCGCUGGUGGUGCUCAUGUCCCCGCAGGAUGUGCCGCCCGCAUUCCAGGCUGAUGUGCAGCAUCAUGGCUCGCUGUUUACGUUGUUCCUGCACUCCCCGCUCACCGCCCUCUGCUACAUCUGCAACGUUGGAGACGUGCCCAUCCACCACUGGGAACGCUGCCAGACCUACGUGGAUCGCUUCAUCACGGAGGCCUCGCGCCUCGUCACCCGGUGUCGCAUCGAUGAGAUCGAGCAGGGCAUUGGAUUCAUAGAUUCCUCCUACGUGCAGUUCUUCGGCGACGACUUCCUGCGCACCCUGAUCCUCCGCUUCGUCUUCUGUGAUGUGGUGCUGCGUCUGCACCGCGGAUUCCGGGGGCGACACAUGAGACCGCGUUGUGAGCCGCAGCUGCCGGCGAACGAACUGCUGGAGCACCCCUCGCUGUCGCACAUCAUCUUUCAGCUGGCCUCGGCCCUGGAUGUGCGUGGCCACUUCUCGGAGGGACCGGAGUGCGACUGAUGACUUUUUGCCGCCGUAGUCGUGCUGGUGGCCGUGGGCAUCUGCCUGCGACAGCAGCUGUUCCAGUUGAUCGAGAGGCAGUUCGCCGGUUGGAUGCAUUCGCUGUACAAUACUUUUCCGCUGGGCUGGAACUGGGUCUGAGAUUGGCCACAUGGCCAGCAUGGGUUUCCGUUUCCUUUCGUUGGCAAAGCGCCAUUUCAAUAACGUAACGCAACGUAACUGCAUUAUAAUACGAAUAUAAAUAUAUAAAUACGAGUACGAAUAAUAUACAUAUAUAUUAUAUAUGCAUAUAUGGAUAAAGGUAAAUUAAUCAAGUAGCUAGUUUUCUUAUAUAGUGCGUCGCGCAAUGGAAAUGGUCCAAUGUUAGUUGCUUAGCAUAUACAUACUUAAUGAUAACGAUAACGAAGAUAUACAUACGUGAAUUCAAUGAUAUGAUAUUCAGCCGAUAUCGCAGCAGCAACAACAACAGCUAACAGCAACCACAAACAUGUCAAAAGAACCUAACAAACGAUAACUGCCAAAAGAAGAUGAAAAAGAAAACUUCAAAUGAUAAUGAAAAUGAUAAUGAGAAACCAAGCAAACAAUUUAUGAAAAUCGAAACCGAAUAUCUAAUCAAAUUUUGUUUGAGCGGUGGCGGGGAAAUUUUUAUGAAAAUUGUGUGUGUUGGCACUUUUUGGAUUGGGAAAAAUAGGUAACUUUGUCAUACGCAGCGGAAACAUUUUAGCUUUUAUACAACCGAUAUUGAUAUUGAUUGAUAUUGACAGAAACCUAAUCGAAUGUGAGUUACGAACACGACACACUAUAUAAGAAAGAAAAGGAGGUGCGUUUUUUAUGCAUUGUACGCGGCGCUCAUAACAAAUUGAAAUUACGAAACCAGAAUAUUAUUGUACGUAUGUAAUAUUGCAUAUAUGUAUCUAUUAUGAUUACAAGAUGACUGAAAGUUACUGUUUCAACAAAUGGAAAAAAAAUGAAAAAACCAAAAAAUGAAAAAACCAAAAAACGUAAAAAUAAAAGUAAACGUAAAACAACCAAAAAGAAGGCAAAGUUUAGCAAAAGUAAUAAUUAAUAUUAACUUAUACAUAAUGCCCUAGUUAAGCGAAACAUGGAAAAUAUACAAAAUAUAUUUUGCGUAUGUUAAAGUAAAAUACAAAAAGCCCAACCAACAUUUUAUACGAAGGAAAUGCAUACAAAAUUUACACUUCAACUAACGAAUGAAAAUCUGUUCUCGAAUCAUUUUUCCAAAUGCAAAAAAACAAAUGCCGCAAAACUCAAUUUCGGUUUUCGGUUUUCGAUAUAAACUGUGAAUUGGAACAGGUCACCGUAAUAAUAAAUAUUUAUGAUAACAUAUAGUUACAAGUCACACUAACUCUAUGGAUUUAUAGGCAAAUGAUAAACGCAAUAUUGAAAGUUACAAAAUUAUAUAUAUAAAAAGCAUAUAUAUUUCAAUACGAAAAUAAAACUAGUUGAACGCAUAGUAAAUUACUUGAUCAUUUUUACAAGACAAGCCGCAAACGAAAAUAAUGAAAAAAUCUUACCAAAAAAUUACAAAACAAAAAAAUAAAAAACAAAAAUCCAAAAAACAAUUUAACAAUUACUUUAAAUUUAUUAUUUUCUACGGAUAAUAUGUGCAUUUUUAUAUAUUUAAACGAAAGAUAACAAAUUUUACGCUAGUUACAAACCAAUUUUUCUGAAGUCUUCAAGCAGCCGUAUUAUAAAAAAAAGAAAACUACAAACAAAACGAAACGAAAAGAAACUAAUUUAUUCAGCCGAGUUCUUAUCAACUUAUUCGCUUUGUUAACUAACAAAUUGUAUAGCUUUUCCACAAUUUCGUUUACACUUUUUGUACAUAUAGGGAAAAUACUAAAAGAAUCGUUGAAAGAACCAAAUUAUAUCACUCGCACUCAUUGUACGCUAUCAUUUUCACUUCUUUUUUGGUUUUGUACAUUUUGAGAAAUGCAUUUACGAAAUAGCGAGAACAAAUAAGGUAAAUUAAAGCAAGGGGAAGAAUUGCAAAUAAUCAGCAACAUUAACCACACAUUCACACGUAAACAAAGCCCACAAAACGAGAACAUCUACACAUUAUCAUAAACAAAUUGUUUAAACGACAUGCAACGUCACAAAUAACAUACAAAUCGAAACCAACAAC